AUGUCGCGGAGAUCGGGCGCGGAGGACGAACGGGCGGUGAAAGUACCAUCCCGGGGCACCGCAACGCGCGUUCGCGACGCGAGAGCGACGCUGGAAAACGCUUUCGGGGAGUGCGAGGGACGGGCGCGGGCGAGACGGGCGAGAAACGCGGCGAGAGGCGACGACGGAGACGAUCGAGUGCUGAGAGAUCUGGAGGUGGUGAUGGAAUUAAUCGAAAAAAUGCGAGCGAUGCGCGAUGAUGGCUUGGUGCGAGCGGCGUUGACGUUGAUGGAUGGGUUGAAGGCGGCGCUGCGGAUGUCGAGGGAGAGCGAAGACGAGGCUCGGAGAGAGGUGUGCGUCGCCGCGUUGUUCGGAUUGAGCAGGCUUGCGACUGCGGAGAGGGAGGAGAUGAUACGCGCUGGACUCGAUGGAUUGGAUGGAGACGGGUUGUUGGAGACGUUGAGGGUACAUUGUAAGGCGCCUGGUCUGUCUUUUGAAGAACGCAUGCAAAGCUUGAAGAACUAUGUGGAGACCGUGGGGAAAUCCUCACGCAGGCCUCCGGCGUUAGACAUCCACGAGAGCUCUUCGUCGGAUUCGGAGCGGAAGGGGAAGAAAGUCGUCGGUGGUUUAGCGCGAGCGUUCGCUUCGCGGGGACAUUUAGGGGAAGAUGUGUGCACGCCUGAGAUGAGCGACGACGAAGCGGAGGUUGAGCGUGGUAACCAACUUCGAGCGUUGGGCUCACUGUGUGCAUCGCCGAGUAAAAUUUUCUACGCGCCAGAGAUUUUGAGCGGAAAGGGUGCAAGCGUGGAUGAUACUCGUGCUGCUCCCGUGGGGGAUGUGAUUUGUAGAAUUUGCGAGCAGCCGAUUCCGGCUGCGCAGCUGUCGGAGCACACCACAACGUGCGCUGGAUACCGUCCGUCGCCGUCAUCGUACGAUUCGAGUGAAUUCGCUUCUCCACGCAUUUCAGGCACUAUUCCAUCUCCAGGCGCCGCCGAUGAAACCUCUGAUCAAGUGUCGAUAGAUGAUUUCCGAAUUAUAAAACUUAUAAGUGGUGGGGCGUACGGGAGAGUGUUUCUCGCGCAAAAGCGCACCACUCGCGAUUUGUUCGCGGUAAAAGCAAUGCGUAAGGACGAUCUCGUCUACAAGAAUAUGAUAGACCAAGUCGUUGCCGAGCGUGAUGCUCUCAUUAAGGCUGCGAAUCCUUUCACGAUCAAGCUGUACUACUCGUUCACGUCUGCGAGGCACGUAUACCUCGUCACCGAAUAUGCAAAUGGCGGUGAUUUGUACAGUCUUCUCAAGCAACUAGGGCGUUUAAGCGAAGACCACGCGCGCCAAUACUGCGCCGAGAUAACACUUGCACUAGAGUACGUCCACUCAAAGGGAAUCACGCACAGAGAUUUGAAACCUGGGAACUGUCUCAUCGCCUCAGACGGGCACGUGAAGCUCGCUGAUUUUGGUUUGUCAAGAAUGGAUCGAGACAUUGAUUACAACUCGAGCGGUGGUGAGUACUCUCCAGACGUAUUCGAUGGGGGAUCGCCCGUGUCUCACAGUAGUGCGAGUAUGACGAUUAAAGUCCCUGGGACGCGAGAACAGCUCCACACGAGCAGUCCGAUUCAUAGGAUGACUCUAUUGGCGAGCACGAGUAAAAGCCCGCAACAAAGCCCGGCAAGAAAAGUUCAUUCGCGCUCCUCUGCGUCGUGGCACGGCUCUGGAGCUAAAGGGACUCCCGACUAUUUGGCUCCAGAAAUAUUACUCUGCGAGCCAUGCGGUGCUGGCGUCGACUGGUGGGCUCUGGGCGUGAUGGCGUAUGAACUAGUUGUGGGAACGCCCCCGUUCAACGCGUCAACGCCUCUGGCAAUUUUUUCUAAAGUCAUCGAUGGAAAUAUUGAGUGGCCGAACGGCGAGUGCGAGUUCAGUGAGGCUUAUGCACAUUUUGUGGAGAGUUUACUAGUUCAUGACGUCGAGGCGAGGCUGGGUGCGAGGAGUGCGGACGACGUAAAGGCUCACGAGUGGUUCAGAACGAUUGAAUGGGAUCGAGUGUACGACGGGACCGCUGCCAGCGUGUUCGUACCCAAGCCUGUCGAUUUGCAGGACACCUCCUACUUCAUUCCUGCUUCUGAUAUGAGACAAGAAUAUCCCACUGGGCGAGCGCGAAGAAUGAGUGAGUCGUCUCGAAGGACGGAGCGAGCUUCGGCAAGCGCAGAGAGCACGAGCACGAAUCGCGAGGACACCUUUCUAGAACCCACACAAGGCGAGAUGGACGAUUCGGAGGACGAUGAGGACAUGGCCAUGCGCGCAUUCACUUAUAGAAACCUCGCUGAGCUAGCAUUACGUAACGUCGACAUGUCCACACCUUCGGCCCCUAUGGGACUCCCUCGUCGCGGGAGCGUUGGGAAGGACUUAUCGAAUGUGGAGUAG